AUGGUCACCAUGAUGGUGAUUGUCAUGAUGGUGGCCACCAUGAUCACGGUCACCUUGAUCAUGGUCAGCGUGGUGGUGGCCACCAUGAUGGCGGUCAAUGGGGUGGUGGCCACCAUGAUCAUGGUCGUCAUGAUGGUGGCCGCCAUGAUUGCAGUCACCUUGAUCAUGGUCAGCGUGGUGGUGGCCACUGUCAUCGUGGUCACUUUGAUCCCGGUCACCAUGAUCAUGGUCGUCAUGAUGGUGGCCGCCAUGAUUGCGGUCAUCUUGAUCAUGGUCAUCAUGAUGGUGAUUGUCAUGAUGGUGGCCACCAUGAUUGCAGUCACCUUGAUCAUGGUCAGCGUGGUGGUGGCCACCGUCAUCAUGGUCACUUUGAUCCUGGUCACCAUGAUUGUGGUCAUCAUGAUGGUGGCCACCAUGAUCCCGGUCACCUUGAUCAUGAUCAUCAUGAUGGUGGCCACCAUGAUGGCGGUCACCAUGAUCCCGGUCAUCGUGAUGGUGGCCACCAUCGUUGCGGUCACCGUGAUCCCGGUCAUUGUCACGGUGGCCACCGUGACCGCGUUGGAUGGAGUGGACGGAGAGGCCGGAUUGUCGUGGGCUGGGGGAUGUGCUGUGGGAGGGUUGGGUUGGGGUGAUCUCGGGAGAUCUUCCAGGGGAGGAUUUGUCCACGUGGAUCCCAGGAACUCUUUCAACGAAGGAUUCAUCCAGAUGGAUCCCAAGAGAUCUUCCAGCAAAAGAUUGGUCUGGAUGGACACAGGAAGUUCUUCCAGGGGAGGAUUUGUCCAGGUGGAUCCCAGGAACUCUUACAAUGAAGGAUUUGUCCUCGUGGAUCCCAAAAGUUCUUCCAGCCAAGGAUUUGUCCAGGUGGAUCCCAAGAACUCUUCCAGCGAAGGGUGCUUUGGACAGGUCCUGGACGUUCUCCCAGGGGAGGAUUUCUCCCGGUGGAUCCCGGGAGCUCCUCGAUCCCGGAGUUGGUUCCGGGGCUCCGGAGGGGUUUUGGACGCCGGGGAGGACGUUGGGAUCUCCUGCUCCAGCUGGGUUUUCCUUGGAAUGAGGGGAGUGGGAUCCACCUGGACUGAGAACUUCGGGAUCCCCAGUUCCCAAGGGAUCGAGGAACUUCGGGAUCCUCAUUUCCCAAGGGAAUGAGAACUUUGGGAUCUGGAAUUCCCAAUGGAUCCAGAACUUUGGGAUCCCCGCAGAUCAAAGACUUUGGGAUCCCCAAUUCCCUAUGGACUGAGAACUUUGGGAUCCUCAUUUCCCAGUGGAUCCAGAACUUUGGGAUCUCCAUGGAUUGAGAACUUUGGGAUCCCCAGUUCCCCCUGGAAUGAGAACUCUGGGAUCUCCAAUUCCCUGUGGAUCAAGAACUUCGGGAUCCACCAUUCUCCAUGGACUCAGAACUUUGGGAUCUGGAAUUCCCAAUGGACUGAGAACUUUGGGAUCCCCAAUUCCCUAUGGAUCCAGAACGUUGGGGUCUCCAUGGAUCAAGAACUUUGGGAUCCUCAAUUCCCAAUGGAAUGAGGACUUUGGGAUCUCCAUGGAUUGAGAACUUUGGGAUUCCCAAUUCCCACCUGACCCAAACUCCGGGGUGCCCCCGGCCCCUCUCCGGCCCAUCCCCCUUUCCCACGGGAAUGUUUCUCCCCUAUUUAAAAUCCGGGAAUUCCCAUCCCCGCUCCCCUCCCCCCACGGACAUUCUGCACUUUAUUCCAGGCUCUGGGAAUCCCGGGAUCCCCCUGGGGUUUUGUUUUGGGAUCGUCCCACAGAAGGUGGGAAUUCUGGCCUCGCGGGACGUCGGGGUGAGCCCUGCUGGACAAACCCGGAGCUUUUAUGCAAACCCCCCCGCUCCCAUCCCACUUUUCCCCCACAAAAUUCCCAAUUUUUUCCCCGCUCUGAUCUUUCCCAGAAAUUUUUGGGAAAAAAAAAAAGAAAUAGGAAAAAAAAAAAUCCAGUCAGGAUUGAAAUUCCCAACAAAAUUCCCAUUCCUGGAACGCUUGGGCUUGGAUUUUUUUAGGGAAUCUCCUGAAUUUUUAGGGAAUUUUAACCCCGGGAUCCGACUCCUCAGAGGUCCCGAUGCUUUUAUCCCCAUUUUCCCGCUUUUAUCCCCAUUUUCCUGCUCUUUUUCCCCUUCUUUUCCCAUUUUUUCUUCCCCCUGGCUAUGCAAGAGCUCCCCCGGGAGGGAAAUCCCAGAAAAAUCCUGGAAAAAUAAAAAUUCCCGGGGAAAAAAAUCCCGGGAAAGGCUCGGGAGGAGCCGAAGCGACACUAAAACCCCGGGGGGAAUCCCGGGAUUUGGGAUCCGCCGGGAAAGCUUCGGGAUUCCCUGGAUAUGCAAAGAGGGCGCGAAUAAACCUGAGAAAAAUGGGA